CAGUAGACAUGAUGAACAUCAAGGCCUUUCAGUUGGUCUCUGCUAUUGAGCGGGAGCUGUUGAUGGGCGACAAGGAUCGCAUCAAUAUAGAAUGUGUUGAGUGCUGUGGAAAGAACCUCUAUGUUGGCACCAAUGACUGCUUUGUUUACCACUUCCUGUUGGAGGAGAAGACUUUGCCCACUGGGACAGCCACAUUCACUGCCACUAAACAGCUGCACAGACACCUAGGUUUCAAGAAGCCAGUGAACGAACUGAGAGCAGCGUCGGCUCUCAACAGGCUCCUGGUGCUCUGUGACAACUCCAUAACUCUGGUCAACAUGAUGAACCUGGAGCCCAUUCCCACAGGGGCCCGAAUCAAAGGGGCAGUGACCUUUGCUUUGAAUGAGAACCCUGUGAGUGGGGACCCAUUUUGUGUGGAAGUUUGUAUCAUUUCUGUCAAACGCAGAACCAUCCAGAUGUUUAUGGUCUACGAGGACCGGGUUCAAAUAGUCAAGGAAGUGUCGACUCCAGAGCAGCCCUUUGCUGUGGCUGUGGAUGGCCACUUCUUAUGCCUGGCUCUUACCACUCAGUACAUUAUCCUGAACUAUAACACAGGGGUUUCACAAGACCUGUUUCCUUACUGCAGUGAAGAGAAGCGUCCGAUUGUGAAGCGGAUAGGCAGACAGGAGUUCCUGCUGGCAGGCCCUGGAGGACUGGGCAUGUUUGCAACAGUAGCUGGGAUAUCCCAGCGUGCCCCGGUGCACUGGUCAGAGAAUGUGAUCGGGGCAGCCAUUUGCUUUCCAUAUGUCAUAGCUCUAGAUGAUGAAUUCAUCACAGUUCACAGCAUGUUGGAUCAGCAGCAAAAGCAGACUCUGCCUUUUAAGGAAGGCCACAUACUACAGGAUUUUGAAGGAAGAGUGAUUGUCGCCACAAGUAAAGGAGUUUACAUCUUGGUUCCGUUACCUCUGGAAAAACAAAUACAGGAUCUUUUGGCAAGUCAUAGAGUGGAAGAGGCAUUGGUUUUAGCAAAAGGAGCCCGAAGGAACAUUCCAAAAGAUAAAUUUCAGGUAAUGUACAGAAGGAUUCUACAGCAGGCGGGAUUUAUACAAUUUGCACAACUUCAGUUCUUGGAAGCUAAAGAACUCUUCAGAAGCGGCCAGCUUGAUGUCCGGGAGCUGAUCUCUCUCUACCCCUUCCUGUUGCCUACCUCCUCUUCAUUCACACGGUCUCACCCUCCUCUUCAUGAGUAUGCAGACCUGAACCAGCUGACCCAGGGGGACCAGGAGAAGAUGGCCCAGUGUAAACGGUUCCUCAUGAGCUACUUGAAUGAAGUCCGCAGCACAGAGGUAGCAAAUGGCUACAAAGAAGACAUUGACACAGCUUUGCUCAAGCUGUAUGCAGAGGCUGACCAUGACAGUCUGCUGGACCUCCUGGUCACUGAGAACUUCUGUCUUCUAACAGACAGUGCUGUCUGGCUAGAGAAAUACAAAAAAUAUUUUGCACUUGGACUGCUUUAUCAUUACAAUAACCAAGACGCUGCUGCACUUCAGUUAUGGGUGAACAUUGUGAACGGAGAUAUUCACGACUCUACUCGCUCAGACCUCUAUGAAUAUGUCGUUGAUUUUCUUACCUACUGCUUAGACCAGGAGCUGGUGUGGAAGUACGCUGAUUGGGUAUUGCAGAAAAGUGAGGAGGUUGGAGUUCAAGUUUUUACCAAGAGACCUUUGGAUGAACAGCAGAAGAAUAGUUUUAAUCCGGAUGAUGUUAUCAAUUGCCUUAAAAAAUAUCCCAAAGCCCUUGUUAAAUAUCUGGAAUAUCUGGUUAUAGACAGAAGACUGCAGAAGGAAGAGUAUCACACUCACCUAGCUCUUCUGUACCUGGAAGAGGUGCUGCAGCAGAGACCCAGCACCAAUGACAAGUGUGCGGAAGUGACUGGGAUGCAGGCAAAACUACGAAAUCUGCUCCAGAAAUCUGACUUAUACAGAGUUCACUUUCUAAUAGAUAAAAUCCAGGGCACUGGGCUGCACAUGGAGAGCGCCAUCCUUCAUGGGAAGCUAGAGGAGCACGAGAAGGCCCUGCACAUCCUGGUCCACGAGCUGAAGGACUUAUCCGCAGCGGAAGACUACUGUCUGUGGAGCUCUGAGGGCAGGGACGGCCCCUACCGGCAGCGGCUCUUCCACACUCUGCUGGCCAUUUACCUCAGCGCAGGCGCCUCUGACUGUGAACUGGUCGUAGCUGCCGUGGACCUCCUGAAUCACCACGCCACAGAAUUUGAUGCAUCACAAGUUUUGCAGCUGUUGCCUGACACCUGGUCAGUCCAGCUCCUCUGCCCCUUCCUUACGGGAGUCAUGAGGCACAGUAUCCACACGAAGAGGAUGACUCAAGUGGCUGUAGGCUUGGCCAAAUCUGAAAACUUAAUCUACAGCUAUGAUAAGAUGAAGUUAAAAGGAAGCUCAAUUCGUCUCUCAGACAAAAAGCUCUGCCAGAUGUGCCAAAAUCCGUUUUGUGAGCCUGUGUUUGUUAGAUAUCCAAAUGGGAGACUUGUCCACACCCACUGUGCUGCAAGCAGACACACGAACCCAAACUCAUCCAGCCCUGGCAACCGGACUUGAAAA